AUCAGCCUCCUGGGCGCUAGUUUAAAAAGAAAAGGCUUUUACACGUCGUCCUGAGCGCCGGUGCGGGGCGGCUGCGGGUAGAAGGGGCUGCAAGGAGGCGGGGGCGAUGCGGUGUAAGGCUGGACCCGUCGCUCUGCGGUGCCGGGGAGGAUGCUGGGUGAGUCAGAUGCACGGGUGGCACUUGCAGAACCAGUCCCCACGGCUUGUUUUAAUUCAGCUCCUCGAGGGAACUGUGAGGUGUCACUGGAUGAUGUACUGCUCAGCUCUUCACCUAGAACUGAUGAUGUCCCCAGCAUUGAGGCAUCUGCAGAAGCUAAGAGAGGGGGAUGUCAGACAGGCACACUUGGUUCCAAAGCCUCUUCACCUCCUGCCUCCAGUGUGUGGACAACACGACCUGAUGGGGAAGUCAGGCUGAGGAUGGAUGAACAAGGCAUAGGCAGCCACCCACCAAAGACUGUUCACCAACUGUUCCAAGAAGUUGCUACUAAAUAUGCUGAUUAUUAUGCCCUUGCAUCUAAAAAAGGUGGCCAGUGGUUAAAACUAACAUACAAGAUGUACUAUGAGGAGUGCUGGAAAGCAGCAAAAAGCUUUCUGAAGCUGGGACUGGAGCGUUUCCAUGGAGUGUGCAUCUUGGGAUUUAACUCUGCAGAGUGGUUCAUUGCUGACAUUGGAGCUAUCCUUGCAGGUGGAUUUGCUGUUGGUGUCUACACUACAAACUCUCCUGAGGCCUGUCAUUAUGUAGCAGAGAACUGCAAAGCCAACGUGGUGGUUGUGGAAAAUAAUAAACAGCUGCAAAAAAUCUUAGAAAUUCAGCAUAAACUACCUCAGCUGAAAGCCAUUGUCCAGUAUGGGGAGGAGCUGAAAGAGACAAGACCAAACCUGUACUCUUGGAGUGAGUUCAUGGACCUUGGCAAAGACAUUCCAGAUGCUCAGCUCCAUGCAAUCAUUGAGUCCCAGAAGCCCAACCAGUGCUGUACACUGAUCUACACCUCAGGGACAACGGGGCAGCCAAAGGGAGUGAUGCUCAGUCACGACAACCUGACGUGGACAGCAGCAACAGCAGGACGUUUCAUCAUGCUGACAGAUGCCCAGGAGAGGCAGGAGCUGGUGGUCAGCUACCUGCCCCUCAGCCACAUUGCUGCCCAGAUGACGGACAUUUGGGCGGCGAUGACCUUCGGUGUUCAGAUCUUCUUUGCUCAACCAGAUGCACUGAAGGGCAGCUUGGCACAGACCCUGCGGGAAGUGAGGCCGACUGCUUUUUUGGGAGUUCCUCGUGUCUGGGAAAAAAUGGAAGAGAAAAUGAAAUCCAUAGGUGCAAAAUCAUCAACACUCAGAAGGAGAGUGGCAGCAUGGGCCAAGGGGGUUGGGCUGCAGACCAACCUGAAGCGGAUGAAUGGGUGCUCUGAGCUCCCCAUGAACUUCCGCCUGGCCCAGCACCUGGUGUACAAGAAGGUGCGCAGGGCCCUGGGGCUGGAUCGCUGCACCAAGUGCUACACGGGGGCUGCUCCCAUCUCCAGGGAGACCCUGGAGUUCUUCCUAAGUCUGAACAUCCCUGUCCUCGAGAUGUAUGGCAUGAGUGAGAGCUCAGGGCCUCACACCAUCUCUCUACCUCACGCCUUCAAGCUGACCAGCUGUGGCAAGGAGUUCUCAGGCUGCCGGACCCUGAUUCAUAAGCCAGAUGGAGAUGGAGUUGGAGAGAUCUGCUUCUCAGGAAGGCACAUCUUCAUGGGCUACCUCAACAUGGAGGAGAAAACCAAGGAGGCAAUUGAUGAAGAUGGGUGGCUGCACUCGGGUGACCUUGGCAAGCACGACAAGGAUGGGUUCCUCUACGUGACUGGCAGAAUUAAAGAGCUCAUCAUCACUGCAGGAGGUGAGAAUGUUCCUCCUGUUCCAAUCGAGGAUGCUGUGAAAGAUGCUGUUCCCAUCAUCAGCAAUGCCAUGUUGGUUGGAGACAAAGCAAAGUUCCUUGCUAUGCUCCUAACAUUAAAGUGCAAUGUAGAUGUAGAGACUGGGGAGCCAGAAGAUGAUCUCACUCCAGAAGCUGUGGAGUACUGCCAGAAACUGGGCAGCAGGGCAACCAGAGUCUCCGAGAUCAUCAGCACCAAAGACAGGGCUGUUUACGCCGCCAUCCAGAAGGGGAUUUCUGCAGUCAACGAGGGAGCUGUUUCCAAUGCACAGAAAGUCCAGAAAUGGAUUAUUCUGGAAAAGGACUUUUCUCUCAUCGGUGGGGAGCUUGGCCCCACCAUGAAGCUGAAGAGGCCCGCGGUGCUGCUCAAGUACAAGGACCAAAUCGCUCAGUUCUACGCGGACCUGGAGGCACCGACCCCACCAGCCCCGUCCCCGCAGCCGUAGCCCCGAGGGGAGCCGGGGGCUGAAGCAACCCCCGAGGAUGCUUCCCCAGGACCUUCCUGGGGCUCCCCAGGAGAUUCCCUGAGCUCCAUGGAAAUAAAGGAGGCUCCAGCACCCCACAGCCCCUGCUCCCCUGCCCUGUACCUUUCCUGGCCCUGCUACUGCAGCGUGAUGUGUUCGUGCCUAGAGUUUCCCUGUGUCUCUGUUCCAAAGCUGAGACAUUCCUGGAUAGUUCUGCUUUGGAGUUUUUUGUCUUGCCAUUUUUUUUUUAAGGGUGAUCCAAUGUUUUACCUUCAACCCAUCUCACCUUUUAACCAAAGUUUUCUUUUCCUGAGCUGAAUGUAAACCAAUCAGGAACUGCAGCUUUUCCUGCUGAGGGGAAAGAAAGAGGCAGAUUUCUCUUUAUAUCCAUGUACUUCACUCCCCCCCACGUGCACUGAGCUGCACCCUGGUGGCAUCUGAGCUACUUUAAACCUCUUCACCCACCAACUGUGUCUUCUGUGACCACACGUGCUGCCUCAGCCUGGAAGUAGAACCUCAUUGUUUGUGCGUGCAAUAUUUUGAGUCUUGUUUUAUCUUGAGUUCUAAUGAAGCCAUAAAUUGUAUUGUUCAAGUA